AAGUUUUCCUACUGACAAAAAUAUUUGUUUUAAGGUAUAGUUCAACUAUUAAACAACUGAUAUAAUGUUGUUGAAAUUAUGAUUAAUUGAUUACAAAAAUGAUAAAAAAGUAUAACUAACAUAAAUAAAUACCCUUCCACGACCAAACCAAUCCUCCCAUUCUUUCGUCACCUUCCUUCGACCCAUCGUCUUAAUUCCACAAACCUCACUCUCUCUUAAUUAAACUCUGAGAGUGAGAGUAAGAAACAAAACAGAAGAAGAAACCUCCAAAAAACAAAAACAAAAAUCCAGAGAAAUGAUCAUUCUCUCUCUUCUUCUCCACCUUCUUCUUCAUCUCAUCAAUUCUUCUCCUUCUCUUUCUCUCUCCCCCGACGGCAUCUCCCUACUCUCUCUCAAAUCCGCCGUCGAUCAAUCUUCUACCGCCUCCUCCUCCGCUUUCUCCGAUUGGAACGACAACAAUUCCGAUCCUUGCCGUUGGUCCGGCAUCUCCUGUAUGAACAUCUCCGACUCCUCCGGCUCUCGCGUCGUCGGAAUCUCACUCGCCGGAAAGCGUCUCCGCGGCUACAUCCCGUCGGAGCUCGGCUCGCUCAACUACCUCCGCCGUCUCAACCUCCACAACAACGAGCUUUCCGGCUCGAUCCCGGCUCAGCUCUUCAAUGCGACGGCGCUUCAUAGUCUCUUCCUCUACGGAAACAAUCUCUCUGGUUCUCUGCCUCCUUCGAUCUGUACCCUUCCUAGGCUUCAGAAUCUCGAUUUAUCUGGAAAUUCGCUCUCCGGAGCUCUCUCUCCGGAUCUCAAGAAGUGUAAACAGCUUCAACGGUUGAUUCUCGCCGCGAACAACUUCUCCGGUGAGAUUCCAGGAGAAAUUUGGCCGGAGCUGAAGAAUCUCGCGCAGCUCGAUCUCUCUUCGAACGAAUUUACCGGCUCGAUUCCCAAAGAUCUCGGGGAACUCAAAUCGCUCUCCGGUACUCUCAAUCUCUCCUUUAACCAUUUAUCCGGCGAAAUCCCCAAUUCCCUAGGAAACCUACCUGUCACUGUCUCUCUCGAUCUCCGGAGCAACAAUUUGACCGGAGAAAUUCCUCAAACGGGCUCAUUCUCCAACCAAGGACCAACCGCAUUCCUCAACAACCCGAAACUAUGCGGAUUCCCUCUCCAGAAAUCGUGCAAAAACACCGACGAAAACUCACCGGAAACUCGAAAAUCGCCGGGGAACAAUGCGGAUUCCAGAAAAGGGCUAAGCACGGGACUAAUCGUGCUGAUCUCGGUGGCGGACGCCGCGAGUGUAGCCCUAAUUGGAUUGGUGAUAGUUUACUUGUACUGGAAGAAAAAAGACACAGACGGUGGAUGCAGCUGCACAGGGAACGAGAAACUCGGCGGUGGUUCGGAGAAAGGAAAACCUUGCUGCUGCAUCUCUGGGUUCCCUAAAGAAGACGAUUCAGAAGCGGAAGAUAACGAGAGAGGAGAGGGUAAAGGAGAAGGAGAGCUUGUAGCGAUCGAUAAAGGUUUCUCGUUCGAGCUAGACGAGUUGCUAAGAGCUUCUGCGUAUGUUCUUGGGAAGAGUGGGUUGGGGAUAGUGUACAAGGUGGUGCUCGGGAACGGAGUUCCGGUGGCUGUACGGCGACUUGGAGAAGGAGGAGAACAGAGGUAUAAGGAGUUUGUAACGGAGGUUCAAGCGAUGGGGAAGGUGAAGCAUCCUAAUGUGGUGAAGCUAAGAGCUUAUUAUUGGGCUCCUGAUGAGAAACUCUUGAUCAGUGACUUUGUCAAUAAUGGCAGUUUAGCUGAUGCUCUUAGAGGGAGGAAUGGUCAACCAUCACCAAGCCUAACAUGGUCAACGAGACUAAAGAUCGCAAAAGGAGCGGCACGUGGACUAGCGUAUCUACACGAGUGCAGCCCAAGAAAGUUAGUACACGGCGACGUCAAGCCUUCAAACAUCCUCUUAGACUCAUCUUUCACUCCUCACAUCUCCGACUUCGGUCUCACACGUCUCAUCACCAUCACCGCCGCUUCCUCUUCCUCCAACGACCCCUCGACCUCCUCCGCUACCGGCGGUUUCUUAGGCGGAGCUCUCCCUUAUACUUCCAUCAAACCCUCAGACAGAUCUAACGGAUACAAAGCACCCGAGGCUCGUCUCCCUGGAAGCAGGCCCACACAGAAAUGGGACGUUUACUCCUUUGGUGUCGUGCUCAUGGAGCUUCUUACCGGGAAAUCGCCGGAUUCGUCUCCCAUAAGCUCUUCCUCGUCGUCGUCGACGGUGGUUGUUGAGGUGCCGGAUUUGGUGAAGUGGGUGAGGAAAGGGUUUGAAGAGGAGACUCCGUUGUCUGAUAUGGUUGAUCCAAUGUUGCUACAAGAAGUUCACGCCAAGCAACAAGUCUUGUCCGUUUUCCAUCUCGCUCUUGCUUGUACCGAAGGUGACCCUGAAGUUCGUCCACGUAUGAAGAAUGUCUCCGAGAACAUCGACAAAAUUUGAAUCCAUUUUUACUAUAUUCUUUUUUUUUUCUAUUCAAUAUAUCUCGAUAGUUCUUACACAAGAUGCCCAUUAAUCACACAAUUUCACUCCGGAGUCUAGAGAUCAGUCGUCGAUCUGUUUUUGUUCAAUAAUUAUUUGUAAUGAAAAAUUCAAUCAUAUAUGGUAUAACACUUCUAAAAA